AGCUUGUGCUAAAUAAAUUUAUACCCAUUGUAUUGGAAUUACAAAUUAGUACAAACUUUGUAGUUAAACGAGAGACAAGUGAAAUAUUGUAAUAAAAAUUUAAUAAACCAACAUGGCAAAAAUUAUGAUUGUGUUUGUGGCCUUAUUUGGCAUUGCUUUGGCAUAUCCCAGUGGUUAUGGUGGUGGCUAUAGUAAUGGCGGUCAUGCUCCUCAAGUUGGUGUAGGAUAUGGUGGUGGCCAUGCUGGUGGUCAUGGUAACGGUCUUGGUGGUGGUGCUUAUGGCGGCCAACAAAGUGGCUUCGGAGGUGGUCAUGGUGGCAGCCAUGGUGGUUUCGGAGGACCUCAAGUGGGUCAUCAAGGCGGUUUAGGUGGUCAUCAAGGCGGUUUAGGUGGACACCAAGGCGGAUUAGGUGGUCAUCAAGGAGGUUUAGGAAGUCACCAAGGUGGAUUAGGUGGUCACCAAGGUGGAUUAGGUGGUCAUCAAGGAGGUUUAGGUGGUCACCAAGGUGGAUUAGGAGGUCACCAAGGUGGAUUAGGUGGUCAUCAAGGUGGCCAUCAUGGAGCUAACCAAGGUGGUUAUGGUGGCGGUCAUGGUGGACACGGCAGUCACGGUGGUAACCAAGGUGGUUAUGGCAAACACGGAUAUUAAAGUUGCUUAUUUGUUAAAUGUAUAAAGUUAAGUAGUAUUAAGAAAAAAAAAUAAAACCAGAAAAACCAUUUUAUAUAAA